ACCAACCAGAAAGUGUUGAUUUGGAUCCAAAGGGAUGUCAGCGCAGCCUUUCUAGUUCUGUAGCCGUUCGCCGUUGGUGCCAUGAGCAGCUGCUUUCUAUUCCUGUAGCGUCUCCGUUCAGUCAGCAGUCACUUGAUUCUGGAUCUCAGAGUAGUCGAUAGAGCUGGAGGUGUUUAGGCUGAGCGCUGAGUGUUCUGGUUGUCCGCUCUCUCGGAUUACGCUGGGUCGCUGGCAGAAAUACAUAAAUUUCGUGGAGCUGUCAUUUAGCCACUGUUGAGAAGAGAAGGGUAUUCGAAGGAGCGCGCGACCGCGCGAUUGUGAUGGUGUCAUCUUCGCACUCCGAGCAUGUGAUUACAACAUGCUAGGCCAAGCAAAUUCUUCAAAAACCGAAAACAGCCUAAAACAGCCACGCGAUGGAUCGAUCGUCCACAGGCAGCGAUAGUAGCAAUCGCAGUGCAUCGGCCAUGUCCAACAAGGGCAGCUUGCACGAGCGGCGCACACCUCGGCAAACACCGAGCCCCCUGGAUCGUCACCAGCAGCAACAACAGUCGUCACGGCGAUCGCCCGUCAUACACUUUCCGGCGCCGCCGAAGGACCUGCCGCCGAGUCGCCUCGUGCAGCAGGGUAGCAGCGAGCGGGAUUCCAACACUCCGGACAGCGCCGCCCGCUCAUCCCCGGGCACCACGGAUAGAACUGCCUCACCGGCAGCAUGCACCGGUGGUGGUGGUCGGCGACAACGAGACUCGCCGCUUCUCAACGGACGCCGAGUGGCAGGUGUUGGAGACAAUAGUAGGAUUGUGUCUCGCGACAGCCCAGACGGCUCCGAAACCAUGGCAAAGGAUAGCAACGGCCAGUUGCCCCGACAGCAUGCCGCCAGCGGGGGUAGCUCGUUCAGUUGUGGUGGGUUGGGUGUGUCGCGACACAACCCACAACCUGUCGCCGGUGUAGUGACGGACUACAACAGCAGCAGAGCAGCGGCGGAGCACGCGGGCAGCAGAGUGAACAACGAGAGUGACCAAGACAGCCUGGAUACUCCCAUGUUGGACGUGUCGGCUGACAGUCUGGCCAACAUGCUCAGCGGCUUUGCCGCAGUGCUGGUCGAGCGACCCACGCUCCCCUCUUCCGGCGCGCCCACGCCGGACAAUGCGUUCGAGUCGCCCGAGUCGGUGGCGUCGCCGCCGACGUCCAGCACCGUGUCUCCCGAUCACGUCGCCAUGGUAACUAACGAGGACAACAGUGGCAGUGGGGCAGCAACGGAAAUCGACAAGGUGCUGCGACGUGUGGCACCCUCGGCGCGCUGCGACUCCCCGCUGCACGCCAACAUCCAGCACGUGUUCCCGGCGACCAAGACCCCCGCCACCACUAUCAACGUACGCACAAUGAAGGAAGAGCGAAAGGACGGUGCUACGGUUGCAACCGCCAACACCACCACCGCCACCACUGCAGCAUCAGCAACGUCCACAGCGACGCUACCCAAGCAGGCUAGUAUCAACGAGAAGCGACUCUGGGAGAAGGUCAUUGUGCCGCAUUGGGCGUUGCUCUUGGAAACCAUCGACGUCGAUAACGUCUGCACACAGCUGCUGGCGGCCAGUCUGCUGGACAAUGACCAGGUGAUGAGUCUGCGGACAUGCUCGGAUGAAGCGAGUGCCGCUGCCAGGAUGGUGACGUACAUCGGCGCUCACGGCGACUCGGCCAUCAUCACCUUCUCGCGCAUCAUCAGCGAAGUGGCCCACGCUCACCCGACCUACCGCAACCUGGUCAUUCGACUGAAGGAAGCCCUGCGCAGGCAGCUGUCCAGCUACUAUUCAGACGACGGCAGCUCUCAAUCAAGCGUUGGUGGCAGCGGCGGAGGGGGUGCCGGUACCAGUGGCAGUGGACCUACCAACGGGCACAGUCAGAGGUCCUCAUCGACCACACCGUCACCGCCGAAAGCGUCCAACGAGCUCGCACCGACCGUGCAGACACCGUCAUCGAAGCAGCAGAUCUCCUCUUCGUCCACUGCUGGCAACCUUCUGGCCGUGCCCAACAUUCGAUUGCAUUUGUACGACGCUUAUAUCGACGAUGAUUCGGUCUAUGACUCGUCUGACUUCCGUACGUCUUGUGACAUUAGCCCGCUAUCGUCUCGGAGAGCCAGCCUACUGGAUGUAGUGACGUACUCGCCGAGAGCAACAAUGGAACGUGACAAGAAGCCCAAGCCGGGUGCGACGACCAACUACACCGACGUCGUACUAUCCAAGCGCAAAGCCCAGAAAGCGGCGGACAAGGCGCGCUCAGCGAGGAACGACUCACCGCUGGUCGUGCACCGUGAAGUCGCCGACGACGACGAGACAGCCCUGGCUGCGGCAGCGGGGGCUGACAAUGCCGGCGCUUUGUCCGAUACCACCCCACCGGCUGUCAGACAGAAGAAACACCGCAAGGUGCGGAGCAGAAGUGGUCUGGACGCCAUCUCAUCCAGCUCUUCAACUAGCGUGGACGAUGACAGUCCAAGAACAAAGGACCUCAGAAGAUCCUCCAAGAAGAGCCAGCACACUGCUUUGCGGCCCACGCUUAGUGGCCAGAUCGAGGAGCUGAACCGGCUGCAGGACUCACUCCUGUCAACUGUACGCAAGAUCAAGAAUGACGAGCGCUAUUCCCUGGGUGAGGAGGAAGAUGAAGAGGAGGAUGAGGAGGGAGAUGAUCCAGCACCAGCAGCCAUCUGCAUUGCUCGUGACUCCAUGCUUCAAACCAAAUACGAUGUGCUAACACGCAGUCCGAUAAAGGGCGAUAACGAAGGUGGUCUGCCGGAGAUACCCAUGUUUCCACCACCGCCCACAGGUGCUCCACAGCAUGGCCAUCUGAAGCCACCAGCUCAAUUCGGAUUUCCACACGGCGGCAACACUGCAAGGCACGGUGAUGGCAGUAGUGACGAGGGAGAGAGUCCCGAGCGGCCAAUCACGCCCCCUCACAGCCUUAUACAGCCCAGCUCCAGCUUCCUUGCCGGCGACAAUGACGAGGGUGGAAAUCCAAGCCGGGCCUUGCGCCGCACCAAGUCGGCCGUAUACAACCUGACGCCGUCGUUCUACGACACGACCACCACGCUGAGCCCCACGCCGGGCCGUAUGUCGUCCCCGGUUUCGCCGGCCUCACCGACGGAGAGUGUCGAGUGCGAUUCGCCUAUGUCUAGUCUACCACCGCUAACUUCAGGUGUAUAUCGCACACACUAUGAGCUGUGGAUGGUCACGUGGAUACAAGAGUUCCUGGAGGUGGAUUCCGAAUACGUAGAUGUAUUUGAGAUGCGCUUACCCGAUAUCGGUUACAAUGCGAUUCCAGAGGAGAAUGCUGGCAAGUCUAUCCUGCUACAUCUACUCAUUGAAGAUAUCAACCUAGCACAGUUCAAAUGCCAGAGGGAGGAUAUGUUGACGUCAAUAGCAGAAAUGUUAAAUGUUCCCAUACGAACACUGAGAGCCAUGGUUCGUCAGGUGAACGAGCACGCCAUAUUGCUGUCUCUAUGGUUACCAUUGUUCUGCUGCACCAUGGCAACGGAGAUGGCAGCGGAGAAGAACCGGCGCCUGCUGUCAUACGGCAUCGCCAUGGUUAUCAGCAGUGGACGGCGGGUUUGGUGCGGUCAGGACCGCAUAGGCAAAGCUAGCAUAUUAUCCAAGUUGAAGCAGAGACUGCAUAGCAACGACGAAAAACGACUCUAUGAAACCAUGGAGAUCAAUGUGGACCGGGUAGCUAUGGAGCUGUGGAACCUGGUGCGGCCCAUCUCUAACCCCGUCUGGCAUGGAGCGCUGUGCGGCGAUGUUCGGAUCCUGCAGAUGCUGACGUCGGUCAACGCAGAACUAGAACUGCCAGACUUGGAGGGGAACACGCCAGUCCACAUAGCUGCUCAAGUCGGAAACGUCGAUGCUCUGCAGUAUUUGCUUGAGCGUGGUGCGUCUGCAAACUCUAGGAACAAAAUGCACAUGACACCUCUGCACUGGGCCUGUAACCAAGGCAACACGGCCUGCGUCACAGAGCUGCUGAAGAGCGGUGCCAAGAUCAAUGCUGUAGAACUGCGGCAUCACGCUACCCCGCUACAUGUAGCUAGCAUGAUGGGCCAUGCCGGGGUUGUGGAGGUGCUGGUGGCCAACGGAGCGGAUCUCGGAGCUGUCGACAAGCAUCAGAAUACGAGCCUACAUCUGGCAAUUCUCUUCGCACCAGUCGAUCCACAAGAAGAUAUCGCCAAGUCGGAGCUGUAUGCUGAUGUGGUUGAUAUGUUGCUCAGUGCGAAGGCACAGGCCAGUCCAUGUGGUGUGGCAUGGAUCACUCCUCUUCACUUGGCAUGUGCCAACGGUCAGGAGUACCUUGUGGAGAUCUUGCUCAAGUUUGGUGCUAAUGUCAAUGCCCUGGACCAAGAGUUAUGGCAGACACCCCUCCAUUACGCCGUCAUGGCCGAACACUCCUCCGUGGCUGAGCUGCUGGUCAUUGCUGGUGCUAAUGCGGCCGGCAGAGACAAGAGUGGCCACUCACCUCUGGAUCUGGCAGAGACGGUCACACUUUCCACCAUGCUUGAGACGGCAGAACGAGACUCUCUGUUGGAAGCCGGAGGUGUUGUGUCCCCCACCAGCCCCACACUGUGUAUUGUUGGUGACUCCGGCUCUGGAAAGUCAUCGCUCAUCCAGUGUGUCUGCUCGUCGGUACAGCGCAGGCAGGCGUUCAGCAGCGACAGGAACUCCGACAGCGAUGCCAGCGUGACGUUUGAGACAUCGACACAGCGGUUCAAUUGCUUUCUGGUGAGAAUGUGUGAUGAGAUUGGUGUGAUUCUAAGAGAUGUACCAGCAAGUGUUCAACAUCAUCUUCCCUACUGUUGUUACCUUGGUAACAAGACGUCACUGUUUGUGGUGAUGCUGAACGCCACGGAGACGUACGAGGAGCAGAUUCGCUCGGCCAACGUGUGGCUGGAACUGAUAGCAUUCAGCAGUAUGGCGGUGGCUGUGAGGCCGUCGGUGAUGAUAGUGAGCACACAUGCAGAGAAUCCCAACCCGGCAUUGUCGUUCGUACUCUCCGACAGAAUCAUCGGCACACUGGCGGAUCAGUAUGAUGGUGUGCUCAAUAUCAGCCGUCGUAUGCACAUACUCAACUGCCGCAAACCCUACUCGUUGGCUAUGUCUCAGUUCGUGGACGACGUGGUCGUCGAGGCUUCAGAGCUGAUACGGACCUGUCACGUUCCCAAGCUUUGCAAUGACGUGGCGCAGCUGUUACCGGAGCUGCAGUGUCAGUACGCGGUGCCCAUCGUGGAGUUUGACCUGUUCCAGCGCUUGGUGCAGCAGCAGUUGCCCGAUUCCAACAUCGACGUUCCGAUGUUGAAGCACGUCACGAGCUACCUGCACGACCUUGGUCAGCUUGUGAGCGUGGGCACAAAGGAAGACGGUCCCACCAUGAUUGUCUUGGAACCAGACUGGCUGUGUUGGGACGGCUUUGGCAGACUCAUGCGUCCGACAUCACCCGAACAGGACACUGUCAACCCUGCCAUCACGGCAGCUGCGGGCAAGGUGUCGCAGGUGGGUCUGCAGAAGCUGUUCAGCAUGGUACCGUGUGAUGCCGAGGUGCUGGUGUUGCUUCUCCGCUUCUGCUCCAUGUGUCUACCCAUACUGGAACACUACCAGCUGACUGCCACCAUGCUGGGUGCAGAGACCAGCCGCAGCAUCGGUCUGGAUGGUCAGCAGAGUGCACGGGACCGGGCCUGGGGUAACCAUGUACAGUUUACACGCUACGCUGGUCGCCGCUGGGCCAUGGAGGGCGGUCAGCCGUUCCCGCUCAGUGUAGUGUCAUGGCUACAGGUUGCCUGUGGUGAGCACGUAUCGGAUGAUGUGCUGGCUACCAUGGUAACCUGGCGUGUUGGUUUCAAGGUUGCCGUGGAGAGCAAUGUGGCGGAGGCCCUGGUGGAGCUGACACCGGACAGACGCUAUCUGCAGUUGCUGGUACGGUGUGUGAAGGACGCCAGGCAGCAGUGUGCGGUGCUGUUGCAGCACAUUACUAACAUGAUCGUAGACACUCUCGGAGCUGAGCUGCGCGGCAUUGAAACAGACAUAUCCGCCAUCAGUCCUCGUCAGCUACGCUCACUGGCACCGCCGGACAAUGGCCACUACGAUGCAGUGCCGUUCAGCACGGCGCUGAGCGUGUACCGUACGUUCCUGCGCGGCCAGAGCGCCACCGCCCACAGCAUAGCCGAGCAGAACGCCCAGCCACAGCGCGGCCGCCAGAUGGUCGCCUCGUUCAUCAACAUCGGCGGCCGGCUGGAGAAGCUGUCGGACGUUCUGCUGCUGGAUGAGGGCGAUAUACGACUGAUCGCGCAGAGCGUGUUCGGACGCGAGCUGUGCGAGCGACUGCUCGCCCACCAGUACGAGGAGCUGUCGGGGGAUUCCCCGGACAUGGGCAAUCUCAAGCCGGUGUCGGCUCUGGACGUGGAGGGAAUGCCGGACACGCUGCGUCAGGCCGCGUCCGCACUGCGCGUCCCCGCCAUGCCUCUGCUCUGGCCCUGGAUGGCGCAGCCGUGGCUCGGCAUGCUCAGGCGAUGGCAGGGCCGACGACGCAGCUCCUGGAUACGCAUGCAGCAGGCGCUGUCCGCGCUGACGGAGAACGCCGGCAGCUGAGCCUUGCUGCCUCAAGACAGCCAUGUGGCCAGAACACAAGCAGCUGAGGAUGGCCAUCUCUAGACCCCCGGCACGUACCUAGAUUUGAGUAAAGAUAACAAGAAUCCAAACGGCAGAAGCAACACCGGCAGAACCAGCAUGAAUGUGUCACUGUUCUCACACAACCAGGUUCUCCUUUCGGGGACUCCAUCAUGGAGUCACAGAGUGGUAGGAUACCGAACGUCCUGCACAUUUCCCUUUCUAUGUCGGUGUCCAUUGCCGUUACAUACGACAUGCCUCGCUAAAGACCAUGCUCCUUUUUACCAGCCCAUAAAGAUCCCUCCUGCUCUUUACUGAUAUUGUCUGGUCAUUUUCCUAAUAAAUACAUGUACAUGAGCCAAUCUUCCAAAAAUCUGUUUUCUUUGCACUUUCCCCGCUACUCUCUUGGAAUUUGCCAUUGUUUUUACCCAUUUCGAAAUUUUCAAUUAUCUCUACAACUCGCUGCUGGCUUUUGAAAUUCUAGGAUUACUGAUUUUUUCCGACUCUGAAUGUGACUGUGUGGCUAUGUGUGACUAUGUGUGUGUGUGUAUGUGUGUGUGUGUGUGUGUGUGUGUGUGUGUGUGUGUGUGUGUGUGUGUGUGUGUGUGUGUGCGUGCGUGACUAUGUGUGACCGUAUGUGUGUGUUCUGAAACAAGAAACCACGGAAAGGUCUUGAGUAUUUCUUCGCAGAUUCAGAUUCGGCCAGAAUCAAAAUGUUUUCCUCCUCAGCUCUCUGUACGACUGUAGCCCGCUAUGCGAGUACAUUGUACAUUGUAUUUGUUACUACAUGUCACUUUGUGGAUUUUUGACAGUUUUGAAUCAUUUUAGUUUAUCUUUAGUAUCAGCGUUGCCGAACGAACGCUGCAAAGCGUUGCAGUUGCUUUCACAAAUUUUCUCGGCAACCGCGCUAUGCUUCCAUGGACUUUCGUUUGAUAUAUUUCUUGCAUUUCUCUGGCUGUAUUGCCAGCCGUGGUGUUUCUGCUGAAUCUUCAGCUGAGUUCA